UGUUGGAUUGGUUGAAGUAGCAUAGUACAGAGACGGAGCCUUGUCCGAUUCAAUUCCAUCAGUAGAGCGCUAGGCGCGGUACUGAGGUUGUAUACUGUCGCUAGACGGAGUGCGGAGCGUGGUAGCGGCAGUUACGGAGGACUUUUGUGAAUUUUCUGAUUCGGAACAUGAACUUCAUAUCAACCAGACAUCGGCCCAGGUAGUCAGCUAGACACGAUAAGCAUUAAAAGUGAACAGAGCAAACGGUAAUUGCAAAGGUUUUCAUGCAUACCUUCAUAUGACUGAGGGCGGUGCUCGCUUCUCUUAAGACAAUUUAAUAGCUGUCAUAUUUCAAAACUGUUUCGCUGAAGUCCUGGAAUUUGUUCAUUCUCUGAAGUCCUGGAAUUUGUUCAUUCUCUAUCCAUCCCCACCUUGUUUUACCUUCCCCUUAUAUUCGUCAAGUGUGUGAGACUCCUAAAGAUUUCAAUUGCAGCUGCUGCAAGGCAGUAGGUCUUUGAAACAGCAUUUGAUAGCCACUGGACUUGCCUCAUCGCGGAGUUUUUGACUCCUCAUCAUGGGGUAUAGUGUACAAACUGCAAGAAGUGGAAGAAGAGGAGUCACAGGAUACUUACUGCAGAUGAUCACCAUAUCUUUCGUUUUGCUAAUUGCCCUCGUGGAUAUCGGAGCUGCUCAAGUGAGAGAUGAUGAUGACUACAUGGGAUUGGGUGAUCUCCCAGAGACCUUCCCCUCGGACCCCCCGGAGCCCCUCCCAGUGUUCCUGAUGGAGCCCGAGGAGGCGUACAUCGUCAAGAACAAACCUGUCAAUCUCUACUGCAAGGCCACGCCCGCCACACAGAUCUACUUCAAGUGUAACAGCGAGUGGGUCCACCAGAAAGAACACACAGUGGAGGAGAGGGUGGACGAGAACUCGGGGUUGGUGGUGCGAGAAGCCAGUAUUGAGAUCACAAGGCAGCAAGUGGAGGAGUUGUUUGGGCCAGAGGACUUCUGGUGUCAGUGUGUAGCCUGGAGCUCUGCAGGGACCACCAAGAGCCGCAAGGCCCACGUCCGCAUCGCCUAUCUCAGGAAGACGUUUGACCAGGAGCCCCUGGGAAAGGAAGUGUCUCUGGAACAGGAAGUUCUUCUUCAGUGCCGCCCACCAGAAGGGAUCCCUGCUGCUGAGGUGGAGUGGCUGAAGAACGAGGAGAUCAUAGACCCUGCUGAUGACCGUAACUUCUACAUCACCAUCGACCAUAACCUGAUCAUCAAACAGGCCAGACUGUCUGACACCGCUAAUUACACCUGUGUCGCCAAGAACAUCGUCGCCAAGAGACGCAGUACCACGGCAACAGUCAUCGUCUACGUGAAUGGCGCCUGGUCAACAUGGACAGAGUGGACGGUGUGUAACAGUCGCUGUGGCCGUGGCUACCAGAAGCGCACGCGGAGCUGCACCAACCCAGCACCGCUCAACGGGGGUGCCAUCUGUGACGGGCAAGGCAUUCAGAAGCUGGCAUGCAACCCACUGUGCCCAGUGGAUGGUCUGUGGACAGAGUGGAGUAAAUGGUCCACGUGUGGGACAGAGUGUACCCACUGGAGGAGGAGGGAGUGCAGCGCCCCGGUGCCCAAAAACGGGGGGAAGGACUGUGAGGGCAUGGUGCUUCAGUCCAAGAACUGCACCGAUGGCCUGUGUAUGCAGAGUUCCUUUUAUCAGAAGUCCUCUGAAUUCAACAAAGACCAGAUUGAUUUGGGAUAUCCAUCUGCCCCCAGUACAGAUGACGUUGCGCUGUACGUUGGCGUCGUCAUCGCUGUGAUCAUGUGUCUGGUCAUCUCCGUCAUCGUGGCGCUGUUCGUCUACAGGAAGAACCACCGCGACUUUGACUCUGACAUCAUAGACACCUCGGCCCUCAACGGGGGCUUCCAGCCCGUCAGCAUCAAGACGGCCCGAACAGCUGACAUUCUGACGGCACCCCCUGACCUGACCUCUGCGGCAGCCAUGUACCGUGGACCCGUCUACGCCCUCCACGACGUAGCCGACAAGAUCCCCAUGACCAACUCCCCCCUCCUGGACCCCCUGCCCAACCUGAAGAUCAAGGUCUACAACUCCUCUGGUCUGGUCACCCCCUCCGAGGACCUGUCUGACUUCUCCCCCAAGCUGCCCCGUUGCCUGCUGGAUGGGGACACCAUGGGGAGGAGGACCCAAACCCAGACUUUGCUCCGUACCGGUACCAGGGACCCCUCCUGUACCGCCCUGGGCUCCUUCAACUCUCUAGGGGGGCACCUCAUCGUCCCCAACUCAGGGGUGAGUCUGCUAGUUCCAGCAGGAGCCGUCCCUCAGGGGAGAGUCUAUGAGAUGUACGUGACCGUCCACAGGAAGGACAGCAUGAGGCCCCCAGUCGAUGACUGCCAGACAGUGCUAAGCCCAGUGGUGAGCUGUGGCCCCCCAGGGGCUCUCCUGACACGCCCAGUCAUCAUCACCAUGCACCACUGUGCUGAGGCCGACAGUGGAUCAGCCGAGGAUUGGCUGAUUCAGCUCAAGACCCAAUCACAGCAGGCCCAGUGGGAGGAGGUAGUGGUGGUAGGAGAGGAGAACUUCACCACUCCCUGUUACAUCCAGAUGGAUGAGGAGGCGUGUCACAUCCUGACAGAGACCCUAGGGACCUACUGCCUGGUGGGCCAGUCCUGCAGCGCGGCCACCACCAAGCGGCUCAAGUUGGCCAUCUUCGGACCCGUCACUUGCCCUGCUCUGGAGUACCACAUUAGAGUAUACUGCCUGGACGACACACAGGACUCACUCAAAGAGGUCCUACAGAUGGAGAAGCAGAUGGGGGGGAAACUGCUGGACGAACCAAAGACCCUCAACUUCAAGGACAGCACCCACAACCUGCGACUGUCCAUCCACGACGUCCCACACACACUGUGGAAGAGCAAGCUACUAGCCAAGUAUCAGGAGUUGUCGUUCCAGCAGGUGUGGUCUGGGUCCCAGAGGAACCUCCACUGUACCUUCACCCUGGAGAGGUUCUGUCCCAGCACCGUAGACCUGGUCUGUAAACUGUGUGUCCGACAGGUGGAGGGGGAGGGACAGAUCUUCCAGCUGGACACCACCCUCUCAGAGGACACCCAGAGCAUCGACACGUCCCUGCUGGACCCAGCCAGUAACAUCACAACCCUGGUGGGGCCCAAUGCCUUCCGCAUCCCCCUCUCCAUCAGACAGAAGCUCUGUGGCAGCCUGGACGCACCACAGACCAGAGGCAACGACUGGAGGAUGCUGGCACACAAACUGAAUCUGGACAGGUAUCUGAACUACUUUGCCACUAAGUCCAGUCCUACUGGGGUGAUUUUAGACCUGUGGGAGGCACAACACUUCCCAGACGGGAACCUUAGCCGCCUAGCUGCCGUGCUGGAGGAGAUGGGUCGCCAUGAGAACCUCAUGCCCAUGGCAAUGGACCACUGACACCUGUCCGUCAAAGAACAGGAAAUUCCAGGGAGGAGUGAGAGAUGAGUCAGGGAGAGAAGGCGAGAGAGUAAGAGCGGCAAUCUGUUAGCUGACAUGCAGAACAGGCAGAGGCCGACAUUUUUUCAAUCAGGGAACACACAGACAUAGUGACACACACACACACACGUACAUACAUACUUAUCAUAGCCAUGCUCCACUCCACAGUAUAUUGGGAGUAACAUUUUGACAAAGGAAAGAGAAAGUUAGUCAGCUCUGUUUGUUCUCUCCCUGGUACAGCUUCCUUUACCGUGAUACAGUUUCCUAGGAAACGCAUGAUAGUGCUGUCCAUAUAGUGGAUGUGGUGACAGACUGGCUCAGAGCAUAGGACCAUGGGAAGGAACGGGUGGGGCGGGGAAGGCCCUCCCACUCCACCUGCCCCCAUGGAUCCCCAUGGUAACCCCUGUAAACAACAUUAUUGUUGAAUGACUCGUCAAUAUUUCUGAUGGAAGAACUUGUUUCAGUGACUAUAUAGGUCUGUAUUUAACAACACAUCCAUUUAUACACAAAUAUCUCUCCUUUUUUGUCUUUUAUUCAGCCUAACGUUGAGUUUUCCCGUGUGUUCAUUUCCCCUGCUUUCGUUGCACAGUUCUUUGUUUUCAUUGUGCCAUAGUGCUACCUAGUGGAUCCUCUUAGUAACUACACCUACUGUACAGUCACUGAUACAAAGACAAUAGCGCAACCUGUACAUAAACAAAGUGUAAGACUGUCAUUAUUAAUAUUAGCUGUUAUCAUUCAUGUUGUGUAUUAUUACAUUGUUUUACACUUAUUUUUUGUUGCUUUUUAUUCUGCAAUUAUUUACAAUUUGCAUAUUUAGUUUGAAAUGAUUAUAUUUGGGUUUAUAUUGCGCUAUCAAGGGUUUGCAUGUUAGGCCAUGAAACCCGUGAUGCUGAUACAAGGAACUGUCUGAGAGGUCAAUGAGAGGUCAGUCAGGCAAGUCAUCUCUCACUCACAGCAUGCCAGUCAGCAUAGUCAGAGAGGAAGCGAGAGGUUCCACUCCUGUCAAAAUCUGUCCACGCGGGAAUACAGCGGUAAGCAGACCGCCUGCCUUCCCGCCUUUGGGACAACGACUCCCAUUGUUAGGGUGGAGACUUGAGCAUCUAGUCAUUAUAUACAGAUCUCUGGCAUAGUGGAACAUCGCAAUCUGCUCUCAUCAUGUAUGGUCCCCUGAUGAUGACCUUGUCCAAAUGAGACAGAACCAGGGUAGAGGAAGAGAUGGGAGUCUGUCUUCCAAGGUGGAAGAUGUGUCGUUUGUUGAUAAACAGACGGUAUAUUUUUUUAGGACUGAUGCAGCCUGAUACGAUUGCCUUUUACCAAAUAAUUGAUAUUGAUGUAAAAUUCUGCGCUAAUGUUAUGUCUGAAUACCUGUAAUCUGAUUGUUUCACAUAAACAGAUUACUAAAUGACAACAUACACUGAGUAUAACAAACAUUAGCAACACCUUCCUAAUUUUGAGUUACACCCCCUUUCCCCCUCAAGACAGCCUCAAUUCGUCGGGGCAUGGACUCUACAAGGUGAAGAAAGGGUUCCACAGGGAUGCUGGCCCAUGUUGAUUCCUAUGCUUUCCACAGUUGUGUCAAGUUGGCUGGAUGUCCUUUGGGUGGUGGACCAUUCUUGAUACACACGGGAAACUGUUUAGCAUGAAAAACCCAGCAGCGUUGCAGUUCUUGACACAAACCGGUACGCCUGGGACCUACUACCAUACCCCGUUCAAAGGCACUUACAUAUUUUGUCUUGCCCAUUUACCCUCUGAAUGGCACACAUACACAAUAUAAGUCUCAGUUAUCUCAAGGCUUAAAAAUCCUUCUUUCACCUGUCUCCUCCCUUUCAUCUACACUGAUUGAAGUGGAUUUACACCCUUCAGAGCCUGGAUCCUCUCUAGGUUUCUUCCUAGGUUCCGGCCUUUCUAGGGAGUUUUUCCUAGCCACUGUGCUUCUACACCUACAUUGCUUGCUGUUUGGGGUUUUAGGCUGGGUUUCUGUACAGCACUUUGUGACAUCGGCUGAUGUAAAAAAGGACUUUAUAAAUACAUUUGAUUGAUUGAUUGAUUUAACAAGUGACAUCAAUAAGGGAUCAUAGCUUUCACCUGGAUGCCCCUGGUCAGUCUAUGUCUUGGAAAGAGCAGGGUUCUUAAUGUUUUGUAUACUCAGUGUACACUAACAGUUACUGUUGACUGUCAGUGGGGGGAAUGGAAAUAGGUGAAAUCAUGUGAACUUUGACAGAUUAUCAAAUUAUUUAUCUUGCAAAGAGGGGAAAGCAUUAAGUAUAAGGAUUUUAUGAUAGCAUAUUUGUAUUAUACGAUAGCAUAUUUGUAUGUGUACAAUAAUUGAAGAUAACUGUCGACCCAACAUUCCUUGAAAAGAAGCAGCGCUGACAAUAGUCGUUUGAUUAGUUUUGGUUAAAAAAAAACAAAUAUUGACAGUUGUGUGAGCAUUUUCCUAAAGCCGUCUAUGCAAACUUUGCAUCCUUUAUAUAAAAAAAUGUAUGUACUGAAAAGUGCUAGCCGUUGCAUUCCAUCGUUCUCCUGAGGCUUCAUGGGUAAUAUUGUAUGUAUAGUGAGGAUGUGGCCAAUUCUGUUCUGGCAUUCAUCAUGUUACUUGCAAAUGCUUGCAUUUCCUCUGUUAAGUUCCUGUACAAAGUGUAAGAAAGAAUUUUUAAAACUAAUAAUAAAUUAUAUUUAUAUGCAACACUGAA